AUGGUAAUCUAUGGCGGUGGCUACACGAUCGGAUCAAAAGCUAACGACCCUGCCGGAUUGCUCGCUGCAUCCGGUAAUUCUUCACAUGGAGAAGUGAUCUAUGUAGCCCUAAACUAUCGACUUGGUGCGCUUGGAUUUCUAGCUGGCCCUUCUUUCAAUGCUGAGGGCGGUGUCUCUAAUCUUGGAUUAUACGAUCAGCGCUUUGCGCUUGAAUGGGUCCAAAAAUACAUUCACCACUUUGGAGGCGACAAGAACCGUGUCACAGUUUUCGGUGAAAGCGCCGGAGGAGGAAGUAUCAUCCAUCAGAUCACCGCCUACGGAGGAGCAAAGGGCAAGGCACCCUUCCAACAAGCCCUUCCUCAAAGCCCCGGUUGGUUUCCGAUUCAGUCCAACGUCCAAACGGAAGACACGUAUCAGAAACUUCUUAAUCUGACGAAUACCUCCUCCCUUGCGGGUCUUCGCGCUUUACCGUCGGAGGUGAUCAUGCGUGCCAAUACCCAACAAGUCUUCUACAACUCACCAUACGGCACAUUUACCUAUGGUCCGGUCGUAGAUGGAAAUUUUGUACCACUCCGACCAGGACAGCUUCUUGCGCAAGGGCGGUUUGACAAGGAUGUCCGUGUCAUGGUUGGUCACAACGCAGACGAGGGAGCAUUCUUCACUCCAACAACGAUCCAUUCAGAUGAAACCCUACAGGCUUAUUUGAAGGGGUUGUUUCCGGUCGCAUCGCAGCAAGUCAUUAGUCAUAUCACAGACACCGUAUAUCCGCCAGUCUUCGAUGGGUCGUUUCCUUACCACGAUCAAUACUCGCGUGCUGCUUUGCUCGUAUCAGAAGGCAUAUUUACAUGCAACACGAACUAUCUAUCUACCGGUCUCGGCAACAAAACAUACUCUUAUCUAUUCGCCGUUCCUCCAGCACUCCAUGGCCUAGACGUAUCCUAUACUUACUACACUGGAGGUCCUGCGUCACUUGCAGUUGCAAAUACAACCAUUGCGACUACAAUGCAACGGUUCAUCACAAGCUUUGCUAAGGAAGGUCAGCCGACUGCAAAUGGCAUUCCUACAUUCAAAAUGUACGGAUCAAAUGCAUCAGUUCUAAAACUCAAUAUCACUAGUAUCGAUGAAGUACACGACAGCAAUACAAACACACGGUGUAGUUGGUGGCAAAAGGCUCUUUUCUAA